GUGCCCAAAGGCGUCCCUCCCAGCCUGGGCCUUAGUUAUUGCUGGUCAGUCUGGGGUGGGCAGGAGGUGAGAGAGCUCUUGGCCUCGGAGGCCCAGAGUCUGCGCUGGGUCUGCUCUGAGAAGUUGCACAAUCAAGGUCAGCUGAAGGAAGCCACAGCCCUGUUUUCCCAUCUCAGAAAUGGGGAAGCGCCCUCGGCGGAGGUGAAGGAGGUGAACCAGGCCUAAUGCGGGGCAGGGGUUGGUCCUGCAGCCCACAUGUGGCAGCCCUGCAAGUCGGACACAGCAGAAGACUCUGCGCGAAGCCAUGUUCCCAGUCUCUGGACAGAGGCCCCAGGAGUCCUGUCCCUAGAGCAGGCUGACCACAGCAGGCAUCAGUGUUUUUCUGACCGAAGUCCUCAUUCGUUGACUAUGGAAAUGGAACAAGAAAAAAUGCACGUGAACAAGGAGCUGUGUCCGGAGUCGGCCGCGUACUGCUGCUCGGCGUGCCAUGGGGACGAGACCUGGAGCUACGGCCACCCCAUCCGGGGCCGGGCCAAGUCCCGCAGCCUGUCUGCCUCGCCCGCCCCGGGGAGCACCAAGGAGUUCAGGAGGACGCGCUCUCUACACGGGCCCUGCCCGGUGACCACCUUUGGACCAAAGGCCUGCGUGCUGCAGAACCCCCAGACCAUCAUGCACAUUCAGGACCCUGCGAGCCAGCGGUUGACGUGGAACAAGUCUCCCAAGAGCGUUCUGGUCGUCAAGAAGGUCCGCGACGCCAGCCUGCUGCAGCCGUUCAAGGAGCUCUGCACGUACCUCAUGGAGGAGAACAACAUGGUCGUGUAUGUGGAAAAGAAGGUGCUAGAAGACCCUGCCAUCGUAAAUGAUGAAAACUUUGGGGCAGUGAAGAAGAAAUUCUGCACUUUCCGCGAAGAUUACGACGACAUUUCCAAUCAGAUAGACUUCAUCAUCUGCCUGGGUGGGGACGGGACCCUGCUGUACGCGUCCUCGCUUUUCCCGGGCAGCGUGCCUCCAGUCAUGGCUUUCCACCUGGGCUCCCUGGGCUUCCUGACGCCAUUCAACUUUGAGAACUUUCAGUCCCAAGUCACCCAGGUGAUAGAGGGGAACGCAGCUGUUGUCCUUCGGAGCCGGCUGAAGGUCCGGGUGGUGAAGGAACCCCGAGGGAGGAAGGUGCCCGUCCCCAACGGGCUCAGCGAGAAUGGCGCACCAGCCCCAGGCCCGGCCGACAGCGGGAAGCAGGUCAUGCAGUACCAGGUCCUGAACGAGGUGGUGAUCGACAGAGGGCCCUCCUCAUACCUGUCCAACGUGGACGUCUACCUGGACGGACACCUCAUCACCACAGUGCAGGGUGACGGAGUGAUCGUGUCCACCCCGACGGGCAGCACUGCGUACGCAGCCGCGGCCGGGGCCUCCAUGAUCCACCCCAACGUGCCAGCCAUCAUGAUCACACCCAUCUGCCCCCACUCGCUGUCCUUCCGGCCCAUCGUGGUCCCCGCAGGGGUAGAGCUGAAGAUCAUGCUGUCACCAGAAGCAAGGAACACCGCGUGGGUGUCCUUUGAUGGACGGAAGAGACAGGAGAUCCGCCACGGAGACAGCAUCAGCAUCACUACCUCUCGCUACCCGCUGCCCUCCAUCUGCGUGCGAGACCCCGUGAGCGACUGGUUUGAGAGCCUGGCCCAGUGUCUGCACUGGAACGUGAGGAAGAAGCAGGCCCACUUCCCGGAGGAAGAGGAGGGCGAGGGCUAGCCUGCGCUCCUGUCCAGACCCGGCCCACGAUCCCGCGUUCUUCUGGGCUCUUCAUUUUCCUUUAUUGCCCUCCUGCUCGCCCUCUGGGGACAGACCAACGUGUGAGUGUGUGCGAGUGUGAGAGAGGACGUGUCCCGUCUGUCGUCUGUCGUCAAUGGUCACAAGCGCCGCCUGUCCCUUGUUGGGGAAGAGCCUGGGUCUGCCUUUUAUCGACCAGAUCAGCUGUUUUUUAGCAUUUUAAAUCCGAUUUCUAUUUUGCAUUUCUAAUGGGGCAAAGUGGGAGAUGGGCUGAGGGCUCCUGUGCCACACACCCCACUUGGUCCUGGAGCCAGCCGCCUGCCCCACGGCUCUGUAUUAAUAAUUCCAUGCCAGGCAAUUCCACAAAUCAGUCUACUGAGAUUCAGAGGGUCAGAAUGACUUGAUCUGUCCUUUAAUGUUGAAAAUAAAUGUCUCGGCCAAAAAUCUUCCUUUAGCUGCGAUGCUUCUGCCUUCGGGCACCUUUUCCCGAAACUGCUCUGGGGGAGGUUCCUAGGCCCACUGGAGGGAGUCUUGCUGUGACAGGAACGGCAGGUCGGCUGUGCUGCGGCUCUGGAGAGGGCUGGGCGUGUCCCGCCCUCCCCGUGCGGGGCCAGCAUCAAGCGUGGGCUGCGGCGUGGCCCGGUGGGCAGGGGCAGGCGUCUCAGGCCACACACAUUCCUCACGCAGCUUCAGCUACCAGGAAGGUAUUUUAAUCCUAUAUAUACUUUUCAGAGAUUCUUUUAAACUUUCUGAAGUGCUGAUGUACAUAUUUUCUUGUACACACUUUGGCGAAAAUCGAAAGGGGAAGAGGAUCGUCCCGCUGCUGUUAGGUUUGUCUGCGCGACUGUCUUCGGGACCAUUCUGUGCAGAGUGCAACGCGGCGGUCCGGGAGAGGCUCGGUGGCAGUGAGAGCUUGGAGACAGACGGCCGGAUCUUCCGGGAGCCCGGGCUGGCGGAGAGCCUGGUGGCCCGAGUGCGAGCGGUGUGCACAGGGCUCCAUGUCUGCCACCUGGGAGCGGCGCCUGGUCGUUGUCCAACAGGCGUCCAAGUGCAGGCGUCUGUUUUGAGGAAGUGCUCUCUGGGUUUUGCUCAAGAAGUCCCCCUUUCACUAUUCAGUUGAUAAGAACGGGCAGGGACGAGAGCCGCCCCUUCCUGGACCCGCGUCUGUCCGUUGCCCGCUCGGUGCUUCCCGGAGCCACUGGUGCAGCUUCCUUGACUGGCGUGUUUAUGACGUGCAGCUCACGCCGUUUGGCCACCGCAAACACGCAUCUGGGGCCGCCAUGGAGCCGCGGGGGGGCGCCCAGUGUGUGUCCUGUGUCCAUCUGUGACACGGGACCCCACCUGCAGCCCACAGGCUGGGGGGGGCACCAGUGUCCCCAGCCUUAAGCCAGAAGACAGUGGCACUGGGGAUUCCAGUCACUCAUCUGAACAGAAAGCAAAUGUUAAAUUAAGUCCUAAAGCAGCGUGAGAUUGGACUGAUCUGGAAAAUUUUGAGUUUUUGAAGUAGAUCUUAAUGUUUCAUAUUGUCAGUAUCUUAAAAGUUUGUUAAAUGUUGAAGGCCUUAUUACUAUUUUCAG